CCGAGAGGAGUUGAGCAUCUUCGGCUGCUCGGGAGCGUCGAGAGUCUCGCCACUCGCCCCACUCCGAACCGGGCUGCUCCUGCUUUGGGUCUUCCAGUCCUGGGCUUUCCCUUCCCGUCGCUGCCGCCAACAUGUCCUCCGACUUCGAGGGCUACGAGCAGGACUUCUCGGUUCUCACCGCUGAAAUCACGAACCGAAUCGGAAAGGUGCCUAAGUUACUAGGAGAUGAAAAGAGGCAAAUGGUUUCAAAUGUGGAGAAACAGUUGGAAGAAGCAAGAGAACUGCUGGAACAAAUGGAGCUUGAAGUUCGAGAAAUCCCUCCACAGAGCCGAGGCAUGUACAGCAGUAGAAUGAGGAGCUACAACCAAGAAAUGGAAAAACUUGAAGCAGAUUUUAAAAGGUCACGGAUUGCCUACAGUGACGAGGUGCGGAAUGAGCUCCUAGGGGAUGAUGGGAAUUCCUCAGAGAUCCAGAGGGCACAUCUGCUCGAUAACACAGAGAGGCUGGAAAGGUCAUCUCGGAGACUAGAGGCUGGAUACCAAAUAGCAGUGGAAACUGAACAAAUUGGUCAAGACAUAUUGGAAAACCUCAGCCAUGACAGAGAGAAGAUUCAGCGUGCUCGAGAAAGACUCAGGGAAACAGAUGCAAAUUUGGGCAAGAGUUCAAGGAUCCUUACAGGAAUGUUACGAAGCCAUCCACUGACUGACCCAUGUAGCUGCACCUGUGACCAGUCUUUGUAGCAAUCUGUGAAGAAGAAGAAAAAGAAAAUGCAAAAGUAAUCAGCCCAUUUUUGCCUUUCAUUUAUCUCUGUCAUCUGGGAACCUGAUCCUGAUAGUAUCAGAAGCAAUGAAAGUUACAUCCUGACAUUAUUUUCAGUUUUUUUGUCUAGACAGUAAAGAACAACCACUUGUAUCUCGGAACACAAAUAUGAGGGAGAAGGAGGGGGAAGAUUCUAGGCUGGAGGCCAGAGGGGAGCGGGGGUAGUAAGCUGUCUAUAUUUUCUAAGAAAGAAGAAGUUAAAAACCACCACCUACUCAUCAGGUGGUUGGAGACUGAGGUUGUAAAAAUGUGCUGCAGGCAGAAGUUCUGAAAAUCCCAGAAAGUGUUGAAAACAUCUCUAAACAAGGUAUUUUUCUCCUGCACCUUUCUUGCUAAAGGUCCCAAUUGCUGCCAAGAAAACUAGUGAGAAUGUUAGCUGCCAAAUAAAAAAUUUAUGACAGUGUUUGGCAAAGGACUGUAUUGCUGCUUGUUUUAUACAUUUCCACAAGGCUAUUGAAGGGCUUUCUUUCUUUCUUUCUGAACACAUGCACUUCACUGAUCAUUCUGUUCUCUAAUAAUAAAAAGUAAGGCCAAAGUAGAAUUAAAUAUUCUAACUUUUAUUAUUUUAUAACCAUCUAUAGUUAUUCACUAUGGUAAUUUCCAUUUAUCUCUGUAAUUAAUAUUAUAUAUACACACACCCCGACAGACAUUGUUGUAGGGUGAGUCAGGUCUUGUAGUAAAAAUACAUGAAAUCAUCAAUUAAAAAUGUAUUGCUUUAGCAUUUCUGCUUGUUAUUCAUUCAUGUCUGGGUCAAUAAACUGCCUGUUGGAAAACAUAAAGAGGCUUAUUCACAACAACUUGUGCAUGGCAUUUAUAGUUGAAAAACAGGAGAAAUAAUAGGCUAGAAUUGUGUGGUUCACCAAUAUCUGUUAAAUGUUUUAGCUGUGUCAUUAAAUUAAUGGUGUGGAAGGGGAAGAAAUUUCAGUGUGUAUUGAGUGGGGAGAGGGAAUAUAUUUACUACAAAGUUAACACAUUGACAGCAGUAAUUAAGUUGGCUGAUGGUUAAGUUAACACCCAUUUAGAAGUUACUGUGCCUGUCUGAAGGUAUGAAAUUAUCUCCUUCUGUCUCUACUGAACAGCCAUCAGGUUAGGGUUUCAGCUGAUAAUUAGUUCUGUUUAGCAUAGAUAUCAUCAUUUUUGUACUAAAGCAGAUUUCACAAGAAUUACUCAAGCCCUGGGCUUUAGAAGAGCACUGGAGCCAAUCAGUGGUUUUCCAUUUGGGGUGCCCUAUAGGAUGAAGAAUAAUUUUUCAUAAAUAUGCAGCAAAUGCUUAUCCCCUUUUAUAGAGGAAAGAAAAGAUGUAGUCUGCUCCCAAGCAGAAGGACUCUGGUUGCAAGAAAACCUCAGCUCUUCAUUGUGAAACAUUAAGAAGCCCUCUUACAGCAUAGCACAUAGUACAUAUUUCCCUUCCAGACUAAUCAGGAUUUGACCCAUCAUAAAUUUGGCCAAGCACUAUAUACUGAAGCUCCUCAGAGUAUUCAUAAGAGGAAUCCACUCCCAUGACAGGAACUGUUUUUGCAGGGGCAGGGGUUGGGAUUCCUGGGAAUGCUGCAUUGGAUCAACUCCUACUUUGGGAAGGUCAGGAGAGAGAAAUACUGUCGCCAUUAUGAUUAUUCAGAAAUCAUUUGAGUAGUUCAUUGCUACUUGCCAAGUGACCACAUUUGUUUAUCAUGUUGAAGUUGUAUGUGAAGGCCACCAAUAAAAUUUCUAUCUGGCAAAAUUCCACAUGCAGACUAUAAUGUUUGUAAGUCUCCCUUACUGUAUGCAUCAGUAUAACCAUGUGGAGAAGCUCUAUGAUAUAGCACUCCAUUCUGUCAUGCCUUUGUUUAUAAAAUACUGGGCACUAUCCAAUGUGUUUGUUAGGCAGUAGCGUCAUAGACAUCUAUAGUGUUCUGAACAGGACAGUCAGAUCUCAAAACACAAGUCUUGUUGCAUAACAGAAAUUUUAAAAAAAAUAUUAGGUUAAAUACUACAUGGUUUAAGAACAGAUUGCCAAUGAGAGGAUCAUUGCAUACAACAUUCAGAUAAUUCAUAGAUAUUUCCCUUUAAUUCAUUCCCUUUAAUUCAUAGAUAUUUCCCUUUAUCAGGCAACUACCACAAGCAAAUGAGUAUCCUUCUAAGAAAUUAAGUAAUAAUUAGUUUGCCAGGAUGGGUGAUUUCUGUUAUGCAUUCUUGUAAAGGACCCAUGCAUUUUUAUUCUUAAGAUGCUACCUUAAUGUACUGGAAAAUGGACAUGCAGGAAUUUAUUUCCUAUUCAGUGGUGCUCAUGGAAACAUUUAGCAGUAUGUACUCAUCCUCGUCUACAUAUUUGAUCAUUCUCUUUGUCUUAGUUCUUUCACAUUUGGUUGUAGGAAUUAUGUCUGUUGUAUCUCAGGGUCUGUGGGAGGUUGCUUUUUUAAACAGGUAAUACACAGCUGAACUAAAGAAAAUAGACUGAAUCCUUGUUUUCAUAAUAAUGUAUAUUUUAAAGUUGAACAUAAAAAUAUUAUUUGUGGUGGGCAAACAUUUGGAUCUGACAUUACAGAUACUUAAAAGGUAGUUCUCCUAAACUAUAAUCCAGAUGACCUGUUUAUUUAGGACAAUUGUGUGCACAACUUUAAAAUGAACACCAAUUGCCUAAAAGCUGCAGCAGUUGAAACUGCAAUUAAAGCUCUUGGUUCUCAAAGGCAUUUGCAUGAGUCUUUUUGGACUGUGGCCUUGGGCUCAAAUCUAGAAUUUAGUUUAGCUUUUUAUAUCCUGUUUUUCUAUAACAGGCCAUGCCCAACUUACAACAAACAUCAUAGCAGACCAUACUUAAGUUACCAUAAAAAUCAAAUGAAUAUGAAGAUAUAGCAUUACAUUUGCAAACAGCUACAAAAUGCAUUAACAAAUGCAACCAAAAUGUCAACAAUUCAAGAGAAAAAGCCAGUUACACCAGUGGCAGCUUAUUGCACUGUAUCACAAGGGUCUUGAUAGACUCUCCUGGGGAUACAGAGCUACUAUUGAAAGAGUUUCUUGAAAGCCCAAGUGGUCCUACAGUCCUUUUCAUCAUCACCUUAUGUUUUUUCUUAUUUAGAGAUCUUUAAUUAACCACAAUGGAUAAUAAUAGUAGCAAAAUUUAUCCUUUGCUAUUGGUCAACUCACCACAAGUUAACUUUUCUGCUCUAUUUAUAUCAAAUAGGCUGGAUAUCUUUGUUUCCAGAAUAUGUCUGCGUAGGUUCAUACAGCUGGCCCAACUACGCUUGAGGGUUGUUUGGAAAUCUCAUAACCCACAUUGAUGUGUGAUCCAAAUGUGUUGAAUCAUUGACAGGCUAGAAAGCACCUAGGUGUACAUUGUUAUGCAUUGAGGAAAUAAGAAGUAUGCCGGAGAGAGUAAGAACUUAGUUUGUGUAGUUCUCACAAACAGGAGAUGAAGUAAGAAACCUGUAUUUCAGACUGCAGGUUGAGGCUCACAUAGUUGAAUAUUCCUGCAUGCAAAACAGAAACAAAAAGCCCUUCACUAAGAAAUCUUUCUGGGCAUACUUUACCUGCUCAAUCCAUUCACUGUAAGAAUGUGAGAAUAAGCCUUAGUCAUACAAUGCAGUUUGCCUGCCAGUAUGCAUUGUUUGUAAACAUCUUGAAAGAAGUGAAUAGACUUAUAUCUCACCCUGAAAAGUGAUCUAGAAAAUUUUUUAAAUACAUAAAAUUAUUUCCAUUCUGUCUCUCUAACUGGGAUGUGAACAAAGUACAGCCAAUAAAAGGAGUGUUGUAAAGUAUAAAGACAGUACUACUGAAGUGAGGAUGAAAAGCCAAAGCUGCAAGCCCAAGUAGGCGCUGCUGAAAACAAUGCUGCUUCUGAAUAAUCAUGCCUAAGAUUGCAAUGCAAGGGUGAACUCCUAAGGGUGCCUUCAAACUUCCAAACUAGGAGGGCUAUGAAUAUCCGUUUGAGCAUGGGAGCAGUUUGGAGGCAAGAAUUGACUCUGCACUCCCUUCAUCCUGAAAAAAAACAUUUAAAUAACCUAUUUCGGCCAUCCACAUAUUUUCUGACUCCUUGCAAGAAGGAGGGAUUCAGGCAUCACUUGGAUUUGACAGAAGCUGGCGGAUAGUGCCUCACCCCUCCCCUAAACCCAGAACCACCUGCCUCCCAGAUCCUGUUCCAAAGACGAACAUCUUCAGAGACUUAGCUGGCUUACGAAACACUGCACUGGCUGAGAGAGUGCAGGAGGAGGCUUCCAAAGGCAGAGUCCCCACUGAGACUUCCGAAGGCUUUUCCAAGGACACAGCAAGAGCUCCAUCAUUUUCUGUGGCCAACACCUACCAGCCAUAGGAUUGUGCCCUAAGUCUCUUAAUGUUUCUGCCAAACUAAAGUAAACCUUUUUUUCUUUCAAAUUUUCCUUGUGUUGAUCUUGCUUGGCAAAGUCUGUUAAGCUAGUAGAUAUAUGGAGCAACAGAACGGGGAUUUUACAAGGUGAUGCAGAACAGAAGAAAAGCUUGAAAACUGGUUAAAACCAGAGAAACUCUUCAGAAAGAUGUAUGGCAACAAACACAGUUCUAAUGAUCACUUGCUUUUUCCCCAAAUGGUAUAUUUAGGCUGUGAUUACAGGAGUUAAUAUCACCAGCAAAAUAAUACUGGCAGUACUUAGAAUCUCUUAGGAACAGAACCAGUGGUAUUUUCAUUCUUGUGCAUGCUGACCUUGGGUCACUGAAUCACAGGGCAUUGUAAAUAACAGCUGGAGGUGGGAGCAGAUCAUGAAAAUACUCUUGAAUGUAUCCAGUAUUUUCAAGUACAUAUGGCAUUUCUGAUACCCUUUGUUACUUAUACAAAGAUUUUACAAUUCAUUUUAGUUUUACAGGAAGCGUCACACAUACAUCCCAUUGCAUGCAUGAAGUUACUCACAAAAGUGGAUAAGUUAUUUGGGGUACAAAGGAAUGGCAUGUUUCCACUUUAGCAAUCUAGUAAUUCACUUUGCAUUGAAACAUUAUUUGUUAAUAAGUCAAUGAGUUGCUCUUGAAACCUGAGAAUUUUUUACAAGAACAGUUUAUUCAAAUUUCUGAACUGCGUCUUCCUAUCUAAAAAUUACUGAGCAGAUUAUCUGCUCGGCUUGGGUCCGGGUUACCUAAAGGAGCACUUACGUCCAUAUGUACCUGCUCACCCCUUGAGAUCAGCAGGAGAGGCCCUUCUCCGGGAGCCCUCUGUGAAGGAUAUUAGGAGGGUAA